AGCGUCCGGCCGCCCGACUGCUCAUGCGGUAGCCCUGUCGCGGUAGCCCUCUCCCGGCGCCCCGCCCCCGCUUUCCUUCCGAGAGUCACCCAAGCCUGGAAUUCUUACCGAAAAGGCCACAGAACAUUGGAUUUUCCAAAUUAAUGCACCAAACUUUCCUUUGAAAUGAACUCACAUUUGUGAACUGCCAACUACAGAAUAUUUUCUUAUUGUGAUAGGAUCUUCAAUGAUGGUUAGCCUUAUGUUUUCAGUAUGAGUUUUUAGAGAUCCAGAGUUUCCAGGUGCAAUUGAGGUGGGAGACAGACCCUGUUCUUUCCCUGUGGGGAGCAUCCCUUAUCAACAGUCACACUAACAGAACUGCUUUGGAAAAGGACUGAUGGCUUCGAGCAUAGGUUGGAAAGCCUCCAGGAACCAAUGGCGUCUCCUUCUGAAGCCCUCAAGAAGCAGUGGCCUGUUUCCCUGGAGAGGAGCAGGAAGUUCUGUGGACCCUGAGAUAAAAGCUUUCCUGGAGGAGAACACUGAAGUCACCAGCAAUGGCAGCCUCACUCCUGAAAUUCAGUUACGGCUUUUGACCCCCAGAUGUAAGUUCUGAUGGGAACGAGCUGACUUGUGGCCCUACAGUGAUCCUUACUGGGCAAUCUACUGGCCAGGAGGUCAGGCCCUGUCAAGGUAUCUUUUGGACAAUCCUGACACGGUUAGAGGCAAAUCUGUACUAGAUCUCGGGAGUGGAUGUGGAGCUACUGCUAUUGCUGCUAAGAUAAGUGGGGCAUCAAGGAUCUUGGCCAAUGACAUAGACCCUAUUACAGGAAUGGCUAUUAAACUAAAUUGUGAGUUGAAUCGACUGAAUCCUUUUCCCAUUUUAACCAAAAACAUUUUGAAUAUGGAACAAGAUAGAUGGGACCUUGUAGUUCUUGGAGAUAUGUUUUAUGACGAAGAUCUUGCAGAUCAUCUUCAUCAGUGGUUGAAGAACUGCUUUUGCACCUAUGGAACCCGAGUCCUAAUUGGUGACCCUGGCCGGCCCCAGUUCAGUGGACACAGAAUUCAGCACCAGCUGUACAAAGUGGUAGAAUAUUCACUUCCAGAGCCCACCAGACAGGAAAACAAUGGGCUGACAACAAGCACAGUGUGGGAUUUUCGGCCUUGAGGUGUCAGUGUGCUUUCAAGUAUGAAUAUAGUUCUGUUUGGAUUUAACCCUAAAAACAUUCUCCAUAGGAGAUAUUCUUCAGUAUAAAGAAUGUAAUUCCUGUUAAAUGGCAAAUCUUAUUUCCAAAAUGUAAAAGCUUAAGGUUUUGCCAACCUUUGUCAUGUAACUAGUUCUCCAUUUCUGUGCAUGGCAGUUACACAGAUUUCUACCUGUAGUUUUUUGUUUAGUUUCACUGCCAUAGGAAUAUGAUUAUAGAAGGCCAGUUCCCAAUGAAGGCAACAUGUAAUUCAGGAGAAUUCGGUAUAGAUGUUCUGUAGUUGAGGGUAUUUAUGAUGUAUCUUUGCAUUAAAAUAUAAAGCAUAAACUUCCCAAGUGCCUGUAAUCCCAGCACUUGGGAAGCUGAGGUGGAAAGAUCAUGAGCCUGAGGCCGUCUGGGCUACAGAGUAAGUUCAAGGCCAGCGGGGCUACAUAGCAAGACUCUGCCUCAACCCCCACCCCAUAUAUACACACAUAUAAAAGAA